AUGAAUCUGCACUAUCGGCAUGUCACGGAUUCGGACAUUUGCGACCUGUGUGGAGAGUUUCCUGAGGAUACCGUUCAUGCUAUAUGGACAUGCAAGGAGGUAGCUGGAGUUUGGUCGUCCUUGGAUUGGUUUCACCAAGCUGUCCCUGUUCAGCCCGUGAAUUACAGAGAGCUGUUGGCCAGGUUUAUGCCGAGCUCAGAUGAUUACAAAGCUGAGAUUUUUGCCAUAGCUGGGUGGGAGGCUGGUAGCUUUCUUCAGGAGUUUCUUCAAACCCGUGAGGUUGAGCUGAGUCCUCCACUUCCUCAGGCGAUUCAACGGUGGCUACCUCCUGAUCCAAAUAUUUACAAAAUCAACUUUGAUGCAACGGUCUUUCGAGCUUCAAACCUGGCAGGGGUGGGAGUGAUUGUUCGCGACAACAGGGGUGAUCCGAUUGGGGCGCUAACCAUGCCUGUUCCUUUCAGGCAGUCUGUGGCAGAGUUGGAGGCAGUGGCAUGUCAGAGGGCGGUCCAGUUUGCUUUAGAGAUUGGACUGACUCAAGUGGUGGUCGAAGGAGACUCUGUUACUGUUAUUGAGGCACUUAAGAAUGGAACGGGCCAGUUUGCCAACUAUGGAAACAUUCUUGAUGACAUUCGGUUCCAAUCAACUUGUUUUCAAUUUAUUGAUUUUUUAUUUACUAGUCGGGUAUGUAACUCUAUUGCUGAUGCGUUGGCUAAGAAAGCUGGUUCUGGUGUUGGGCUAUAG